UUAUAGACAGGGAGAAAGACAGAGACAGAGGAGACUCCGAGAGAUUGGGAGAGUGGAAAACAGGACAAGAGAGAGAUAGAAAGAAAAACAGGAAACAGAAACCCAGAAAGAGGGACCCAGAGAGAGCCAGAGGCAGGCUCAGGUGGCAGGCAAUGGGCACUGUGGGAUCCAUUGCCCAAGGGCCUAGGGUGACCCUGAAGACUUCCACUGGGGCUCCCCUGCUGCUCAUGGGGCUGCUGACCACAGGCCUGGCCCAGUUGGCAGUUCCUGCAUCAACCCCCCGAGGCUUCUGGGCCCUGCCUGAAAACCUGACAGUAGUGGAGGAGUCCUCUGUCAAGCUGCAGUGCGGGGUCAGUGCCCCUGGCAGUGUAGUGCAGUGGGCCAAAGAUGGGCUACUCCUGGGCCCUGACCGCAGGAUCCCAGGCUUCCCAAGGUACCACUUGGAAGGAGACCCUGCUAGAGGUGAAUUCCACCUCCACAUCGAAGCAUGUGACCUCAGUGAUGACGCAGAGUAUGAGUGCCAGGUCGGCCGCUCUGAGAUGGGUCCUGAACUCGUGUCUCCCAGAGUGACCCUCUCCAUCCUGGUUCCUCCCAAGGUGCUUCAGCUGACCCCGGAGGCAGGGAGCACAGUCACCUGGAUAGCUGGGCAAGAGUAUGAGGUCACCUGUGUAUCUGGAGAUGCAAAGCCAGCACCUGACAUCACUUUCCUCCAGAGUGGACAAACCAUAUCUGGCAUCUCUGCUAACGUGAAUGAGGGGUCCCAGGAGAAACUCUUCACCACAGAAGCCACAGCCAGGGUGAUACCCCAGAGCUCAGAUAAUGGGCAGCUGCUGGUCUGUGAGGGGUCCAGCCCAGCUUUGGACACCCCCAUCAAGGCCUCAAUCACCAUGAAUGUUCUGUUCCCCCCAGGAUCCCCUGUCAUCGAGUGGCCAGGCCUGGAUGAGGGGCAUGUUCGGGCAGGGCAGAGCUUGGAGCUGCCGUGUGUGGCCCGAGGGGGGAAUCCCUUAGCCACCUUGCAGUGGUUGAAGAAUGGCCAGCCCAUGUCCACAGCAUGGGGCACAGAGCACACCCAGGCAGUGGCCCGCAGUGUACUGGUGAUGAUUGUGAAGCCAGAAGACCAUGGAGUGCGCCUCAGCUGUGAGGCACACAAUAGCGUGUCUACAGGGACCCAGGAACACAGCAUCAUGCUGCAGGUUUCCUUUCCCCCCAGUGCCAUUACUAUCCUGGGAUCUGCAUCCCAGUCUGAGAACAAGAAUGUGACGCUCUCUUGUGUCACCAAGUCCAGUCGUCCACGGGUCUUGCUGCGAUGGUGGCUGGGCUGGCGGCAGCUUCUGCCUACGGAGGAGACAGUCAUGGAUGGCCUGCAUGGCGGCCACAUCACCAUGUCCAAUCUGACGUUCUUAGCGCGGCGGGAGGACAACGGUCUGACGCUCACAUGUGAGGCCUUCAGCGAGGCCUUCACCAAGGAGACCUUCAAGAAGUCACUUACCCUGAAUGUGAAAUAUCCCGCCCAGAAGCUAUGGAUUGAGGGACCCCCAGAGGGGCAGAGCCACCGGGCUGGGACCCGGGUGAGGCUGAUGUGUUUGGCCAUCGGGGGCAACCCAGAGCCCUCCCUCACCUGGUACAAGGAUUCGCGCACCGUGAGCGAGUCGCGGCUGCCCCAGGAGCCGCGGCGGGUGCAGCUGGGAAGUGUGGAGAAGUCCGGGAGCACCUUCUCGCGUGAGCUGGUGCUGGUCACAGGUCCGUCGGACAACCAGGCCAAGUUUACGUGCAAGGCCGGCCAGCUCAGCGCGUCCACGAAGCUCGUCGUGCAGUUUCCGCCAACUAACUUGACGAUCCUGGCCAACGUGUCGGCGCUGCGCCCGGGGGAUGCUUUAAACUUGACAUGCGUCAGCAUUAGCAGCAACCCGCCGGUCAACUUGUCCUGGGACAAGGAAGGAGAGAGGCUGGAAGGUGUGACAGCCUCUCCCCGAAGUGCCCCGUUCAAAGGCUCCGCAGCGGCCAGGAGCGUCCUUUUGCGAGUAUCAUCCCGCGACCAUGGCCACCGCAUGACCUGCCGCGCCCACAGUGCUGAGCUCCGCGAAACCGUGAGCUCUUCCUACCGCUUCAACGUGCUGUACCCUCCAGAGUUCCUGGGGGAGCAGGUGCUCGUGGUGACAGCGGUGGAGCAGGGUGAGGCACUGCUUCCAGUGUCAGUGUCUGCUAACCCCGCACCCGAGGCCUUCAACUGGACGUUCCGCGGCUAUCGCCUCAGUCCAGCUGGCGGCCCCCGGCAUCGCAUCCUGUCUGGCGGGGCUCUGCAGUUGUGGAAUGUGACCCGCGCCGACGAUGGCUUCUAUCAACUUCACUGCCAGAACUCGGAGGGCACAGCUGAAGCGCUAGUGCGUCUGGACGUGCACUAUGCUCCCACCAUCCGCGCACUCCAGGACCCCACUGAGGUGAAUGUUGGGGGUUCUGUGGACAUAAUCUGCACCGUUGAUGCCAAUCCCAUCCUCCCAGGGAUGUUCAACUGGGAGAAGCUGGUGAGGACCCAACUUUUGGUGAAUGGAGGUGAUUUCUUGACUGGGGAAGAGGAGGAGGACCAGAGUCUGGAUGACAUGGAGAAGAUAUCAAAGGGGGCCACAGGGCGUCUGCGGAUUCAACGUGCCAAACUCACCCAGGCUGGCGCUUACCAGUGCAUUGUGGACAAUGGGGUGGCACCUCCAGCCCGAGGGCUCAUCCGUCUUGUUGUCAGAUUUGCCCCCCAGGUGGACCAUCCCACUCCUCUAACUAAAGUGGCUGCAGCGGGAGACAGCACCAGUUCUGCCACACUCCAUUGCCGUGCCCGAGGUGUCCCCAACAUUGUCUUCACUUGGACCAAAAACGGAGUCCCUCUGGAUCUCCAGGAUCCCAGGUACACAGAACACACAUACCACCAGGGUGGAGUCCACAGCAGUCUCCUGACCAUUGCCAAUGUGUCUGCAGCCCAGGAUUAUGCCCUCUUCACGUGCACAGCCACCAACCCCCUCGGCUCAGACCACACCAACAUCCAACUCGUCAGCAUCAGCCGCCCGGACCCUCCAUUGGGAUUAAAGAUUGUGAGCAUGACCCCACACUCAGUGGGGCUGGAGUGGAAACCUGGCUUUGAUGGGGGCUUGCCACAGAGUUUCCGAAUCAGAUAUGAGGCCCUGGGGACUCCUGGGUUCCACUAUGUGGAUGUCCUACCACCUAAGGCCACCACCUUCACACUGACUGGGCUACAGCCUUCUACCCGGUACAGGAUCUGGCUGCUGGCCAGCAACGCCCUGGGAGAUAGUGGCCUGGCUGACAAGGGGGCCCAGCUUCCCAUCACUACCCCAGGCCUGGACCAGACGUCUGGAGAAUCUGAUGUCCAGUUGCCCACAGAGGAGCCUGCAGGACCCUCAGGGUUGCCCCUGCUGCCUGUGCUGUUUGCUAUUGGGGGUCUUCUGCUGCUUUCCAAUGCCUCCUGUGUUGGGGGAUUCCUCUGGCAGCGGAGAAUGAAGCAUCUUGCUAAGGGCCUCUCAGAGAAGACAGACACAGGGUCGGAGGAGGACCGAGUCAGGAAUGAAUAUGAGGAGAGCCAGUGGACGGGAGAUCGGGACACGCGAAGCUCCAUGGUUAGCACAACAGAAGUGGAGCCAUAUUACCACUCCAUGAGAGACUUCAUCCCCCAGCUGUCCCCCAUGCUUGAGGAGGUGUCUUAUUCCCAGGGCAUCACAGGUCUUGAAGAUCAGGAUAUGGCCUUUCCUGGGCACUUGUAUGAUGAGGUGGAAAGAAUGUACAUCCCGCCAGGGACCUGGGGACCCCUCUAUGAUGAAGUGCAUAUGGGCUCCAGUGACCUCCGCUGGCCUGAGGAGAAGUAUGAGAAUCCAAGAGGAAUCUAUGAUCAGGUGGCAGGAGACGUGGACACUGUGGAACCUGAUUCUCUACCCUUUGAGCUAAGGGGACAUCUGGUGUGAGAGCCUGCUCAAUAUCCUCCCCCCCCCACCACAGGAUCUAAUUUUUCAAUGGUCCUUUUCUAUCCAUCCUGGGAUGAGCUUAUUCAGUAAGCUUCAUAAGACACCAAAAGCUCUGGCCUUUUCCAGAUCAGGACAUAGAGGGAUGUGUAGGUGACAGAAGAUGAUUUAAGCUGAUGUCACAGUAUACACAAAGCUCCUCCUGGAGUUGGCUUUGGAAACUAAACUUCUCCAAAGAGACAGAGUGAAUUGUAAAUCACAUCUCAAAAAUGAAGAGAUGCUCUGAGGAUGUGUAUGCUUUUGAAGUAAAUUUUUUAGAUGUGGGAAAAGACAAAUUAAAAACUCCAUUAUUUUGAGUUCAGUUAAAACUGAAAUGCUAAUAGUAAGUGGAAUUUAUGAACCAUUACUAUGUCCUAUAUAUUCUUGUUUUAUUAUUUUCCAGUUAUCUAAAACAUAAUGUAUAAACUAUGACCCACAUGUAAGCAUCAGUAGACUCUACAGAAAAUAAAGUAGACUAUUAAAAGAAGCUCGAUGCAAAAGAAUAGAUACUGUAUGCUUUCGUUUAUAGAAAUUCUACAACAGGCAAAACUAAUCUGUGGUGACAGAGAGCAGAUCAGUGGUUCCCUGGGGCCAUGAGAGGGGAAAGAAACAUUUUUUUUUUUGAGACAGAGUUUCACUUUUUCGCCCUCGUGCCAUGGUGUCAUAGCUCAGACCAACCUCAAACUCUUGGCCUCAAGUUUUUCAUUUUUAGUAGAGACAGGGUCUCACUCUUGCUCAGGAUGGUCUCGAACUCCUGAGCUCAAGCGAUCCACCUGCCUCCUAAAGUGCUGGGAUUACAGGUGUGAGCCACCGAGACUGGCCAGGAAAGAAACUUUUGAAGGUGAUGGAAGAUACUCUAUGUCAUGUUUGUGGUGUGGUAACACAGAUGCACAGAUUUGUCAAAACUCAUUGAACUGUACACUUAAUGAUGAUGGGUACAUUUCAAUGCACAUAAAUUACAUCUCAAUAGAAAUGAUUUUAAAAAACAAGUUCCAUAAUAAAGCAGCCCAGUAAGAGAAUCCUCAUUUUUUAUAUUGAACAGCAGGAUGACAGAGAAAUCUGCCUAUAUCUAUGAAGAAUGGAGCAUGUAUAGUUAAGGAUGAUCUUUCUUUCUAGUUGAUUAAUAAUGUUAUCAAAGCUUUUUAGUUAAAUUGUUUGUUAAUAUAUUAGUUUUUCAGCCCAGACUAUCAAUAAAAUAAAUUUUUG